AUGCGUCCAACUGCCAUUCUUGCUGCUGCCGCGCCGGCCCUCGUGCUCGGCACGAGCGUCCCCUCUCUACAUGUGCCUGGAUGCCCUGCCAAGGGCACCAUCCGGUACAACAAGUCGGUCCCGGCCAAGACGGAGUUCCUGCUGACGCAGGUCGACCUCUGCUACGACAAGACGGCCAUCGUCGCCACGUUUACAGCGUACAACGAGACCAACUUCUUCUUCGAUCCGGCUCACGGCACCAACGAUGAGCUGUGGCGCUACGAGGUCAUGGAGGCAUUUAUCGCCCGCGGCACAAACGACCCAAAGACCUACCUCGAGUUCGAGGUCAGCCCCAAUAACGCGACCUUCAAUGCCUUCAUCUACAACCCUAGCAAGGUCCGCGAUCCGGCCUUCCCUCUAGACACCUUCUUCAUUCAGACCCCGAUCCAGGAUGGGCUGGUUGCCAGCACGGUGCUCGACAGGAACGCCGAGAAAUGGACGUCGACUGCCCGCAUCCCUCUCGGCCUGUUCAACGUGGACGAGGGCAAGGCUAAGGGCACCGAGUGGCGCAUGAACUUCUUCCGCACUGUUGUCGCGCCCGAGACCUACCCAGACCAGGGCCUUGGUGCCUGGAACCCUCCGGACGAGGCGAGCUUCCACAAAACGCCCUUCUUUGGCAAGGUGAAGUUCAUCUGA